AUGCGGACGGACCCGAAGGCUUCAGGAGGGCGGGUGCUGACGCAUUUCCAUCGGGACCAUGCCUCUCUGGGGGACCCCUCCUCCUCGGCCUCCCCAAGCCCCACUUAUGCUUGGCGCUUCAGUGUCACCUCGAGAGUCCUUCUCCCACCCUCGGGCUCCCCGGGUCCAGCUCUACUGUGGUGUUUGAGACCCUUGCCUAGAAGAGGGACGGACAUCUUAGCUGGACAACACUGCAUGUGGCCGGUCAGUGAGGGGCUUCCCAAGGGCAGGGAUCUGAACUGGGGCCUAAAGCAGGGUUCGUGGCGUAGGCUCCAGACAGGAACGCGAGGUGCCUUUGGGAAGCCCCAGCGCACUGUGGCCAGGGUGCACACUGGCCAAGUCAUCAUGUCAACCCGUACCAAGCUGCAGAACAAGGAGCAUGUGAUUGAGGCCCUACACAGGGCCAAGUUCAAGUUCCCUGGCUGCCAGAAGAUCCAUAUCAUCUCAAAGAAGUGGGGCUUCAGCAAGUUUAACACAGAUGAAUUUGAAGACUUAGUGGCUGAGAACCAGCUCAUUCCAGAUGGCUGUAGGGUCAAAUACAUUCCCAAUCGCGGCUGCCUGGACAAAUGGCGGGCCCUGCACUCAUGA